CUUCGUGCACUGAGGAAAAUAAUCUGAUGUGAAAACAUCCCUUUGCUCGUGUCCACAAGAUUUGCAUAGAAAGCUUGUGCUUUCGUGCCUGUACUUCGUCUCCUGUCUAAAAGUUUGAUAUGCGUUUAGACUUCAAGAGUUGCACAGUUGAAUAGUCGAGUACUUUAACGCGAUAUGAAAAGUCCCUCCCACAGAUCAGCUGUUAAAGUGAAAUUCUUUCCCAAGUCUCGCUGUCGGGACGGUAUGGAGGGAGCGCUUUCAUAGCUGGCGCCGCGGUGCUGUGUUGGCGUCACACGAAGGUGUGGAGACGGUGAGGAAGUGGACGGAUUUCUGGCGUGGAGUUACGUGAGAUCGGAGCUUAAUGUCAACUUUCUGCAAGAGGCAAGGCGAACGCAGAACCUCCGCUUCAGCGGGACAUAUAAAAGCGAUGCGCACCGAAAGCAGAAAAGGCGUUAUUGUCGUUCCCUGAAGCUCCGACUGUCUGAGGUGGCGAGGAAUCGGGGCACUUGGGCUGUGUCGUUAACAGCACUGGGCAGGUAACUAAAGCCAAGCCGGAAAAACUCGCAGUGCAGGUUGUGUGCAUUCAGCAUUCGAUCAAAUGAAUUAAUCGAUCUGUACGUUAAACAACUCAGCAAGCUAAUCAUGAAGGACAGCAAGAGAAAUAAGCUAUUCGUCUUGAUGGACGUCUUCUCUGUGAUCGUGGCCUGUCUGCCCUCCGUUAUCCUGAACAGCAUUUAUCAGCCUUACCAUCGCGGCGUCUACUGUGACGACCAGAGCAUCAAGUACCCACUAAAGCCAGACACCAUCACCCUCGGCCUGAUGGCAGCAGUUACCAUAUCCUGCACGGUUAUCAUCAUAUCAUCUGGCGAGGCGUAUCUGGUCUACAAUAAGAAGCUGCAGUCUAACUCCGCGUUUAACCAUUACGUGGCUGCUCUCUACAAGGCGCUCGGCACCUUCCUGUUCGGGGCCGCCGUCAGCCAGUCGCUUACGGAUCUGGCCAAGUUCACCAUCGGCAGGCCGCGCCCCAACUUCUUCUCUGUUUGCGCCCCCAAAGUCUGCAAAGGCUACGUAUCUGAAAUCAACUGCACCGGAAACUUCAAUGAUGUCACCGAGUCCAGGUUGUCCUUCUACUCAGGCCACUCGUCCUUCGGGAUGUACUGUAUGCUGUUUCUGGCGCUGUAUGUCCAGGCCCGGCUGAGGGCCAAAUGGGCGAGACUCCUGCGACCCACCAUCCAGUUUUUCCUAGUGGCCUUUGCCGUGUAUGUGGGCUACACCCGAGUUUCGGAUUACAAGCAUCACUGGAGUGACGUUCUGGUUGGGCUCCUCCAGGGAGCGGUGGUCGCUAUUCUUACUGUACACUACGUUUCAGAUUUCUUUAAGUGCCGUGCUAUAACUCAUUGCUCUAGUCCAGAGACAGUUGAAAGUGACAUGCUGGAAAGAAAACCCAGCCUUCGGGUGGGAGAGGUGGAGCAAAACAACCAUUAUGGCUACCGCGGAACUGUGUGAGAGUUGGUGUGCCGGACCAAAAUGGACUACAUCUCCCACAAACCACUGGGCUGACUGGAGGCAGGCUACACACACCUAUCACAGUGGUACACUAGCCACUUUCCUGUCUUUUACUGUGUGCGUUUGGGUGAGAGCGCAGUCUCGUCGAUUCAAAAAUGUCCUUUAAAACAUCUUUGAUGCAGUUUUCUUGGUUUUUAUUUAUACUUUUAUUAAUUUUAAUAAUGAACAAAUGUUUAAGUACUGAAGAUUGUUUCAACUAAGACAACUAGGCCGGCCUGAGCUCUUGAUAAGACGACUUGUACUGGUAUCUUCAUAAAGUGGAAAUCUGCUUCCAAGCAACGGCUAGAAUAGUUGCUCUUGGCUGGAGCCUGGUUUGCAGUCCUCUAUCGUCUUUUAAACUCGAGUUUUUGGGUGUGGGGACAUGGACAUAUCCAGAGAGGAUUGCUGCGCAGAGGUUCAGGCGUGUGCCAGUCUUGUCUCAGUGCGGCUUUGGAGCGCUGCUUGCUGCUCAUACCAGCGUCGCUGAACGCCUCCUCUGUUGCGCACCUUGGUCAGGUUGACUGAUUUGAUAGAAAUCUUGUGAGCUGAACUACAGACUGUCACUGUCAUGUGAAUAGAAUGACAAAGAUCUAAUUGAUGUCUGAGUGAGAGAAUACCACUAGUUUGUUUGCUCAACCACACAAGUUAAAAAUGUUUUCUUUCUAUGCGACAAGUUUUAAUCUGACUUCAUAUAUUGUAAAAGAAUUCUGUUUUUCUUUCCUUUUCGUUGUUCAUUUGCAUGUUAUGUGGACAGAAUAUGUACUCUACAGUGCAAAGCCAAUGAGUGUGUUAAUUUCCCAAUUUUUUUUUAUCAUAAAGUAUGCAACAGUAUCUUCUAAAUAUGUGCCAUUUACAAUUUUGUACAUGAUAGAUUACAGCUGCCUAUAUAAACUGUCAUUUUCUCACUUUUAUAAACAGUUUCUCAUUAAAAACACAAGCAAAAACAAACAAGCAAAAAACAUUUUCAGUAAUUCUGAUCUCCUACAUUUGUUUGGUGCCUCUGUUAUUUUGCAUAUACAAUUGCAUUUGCAUUUCUUUUUAAAUGGAAUGUGCUUUCAGCUUGAAUCCAAAUGUAAAAAACUCCGAUGCUAUCAGGACUUCGUGUACUUGAUGGUAUUUUGAUUCAGAUAUUUUGACUUGUGUGAACAUGUGAAGUCACAAAUGCCAAACCUGCAAGAUUCAUUUGUUCUUCAUUAAUAAUUCUUACAUAUAUGCUUGCCUUCGCAUCUCUUUGUUCCACACGUGCCUGAGUGCGGAGCUGACCUAGGUGCGUGAUUGCACGGUUUAGGAACUGUGCCUUGGCGUCUCCUUUGGCCUGGCCACCAGCUCCGGCCUUGCUGUGUUCCCCACGGCACAGCCAGCGUUGGUCUCGUGUGGAAUCUGUAGCGGCAGUGCUUCACGAGUAGGCCCCUGCUAAGAGGUCAGAUUUAACAUCGUGGUCGUUUUGUCUGGGCUACAGCGAGACGGUGUGGGAAGCCUAACCAUUGUACUAGCAUGUUAACAGAGCUUCUCGCAUUAAAAGGACUGACCUAGGAGUAGUAUCAUGUAAAGAUACUGUAAGAUGACCUUGACAUGCAGACCAUGCUCUGUUUAUUUAUAUAUGGUGUUUUGUAUUUGUAUUAAAUACAAAAAUAUUUGCAAUAAAUAUA